CUUUCGACGAUGACGGCGACGUGCGCAGAGGCGCUGAACAGCGCGCUCAAGUCGCUCGAGGGCUUCCCGGGCUUCUCGAGCUGCGACUUCCUGUCCGCUUUAAUGGACAACAGAGUUGACCUCAGCCUCGUCGCGAGCGACUGCGGCUCGGUCGUCUGCGGCACGUUCCUCGCGACCGGCUUCUUGAGCUCACGCCUCAGCAACUGCGCCUUGAGCGACGGCAUCAACACGAUCACCGUAUCGACCUUGCGCUCCAUUUGCUUUUACCCAAGCAAGCAAGAUGCGCUUACGCACGCGCCGACAACCAAGCCGCCCAAGACGACGACGCCGGCACCGACAACGACACCGACGCCAACCACGACGUCCCCAACGACACCGCCAGUGACGACGAUCACGACGCGCAGCCCGAUCGAUAACGCUGGCAGAGGCAACCAAACCACAUUGACGAGCGAUGCGACUUCCUCGGGCACGACUGGCAUGGCAGUCGGGCUCAUCCUCAUUGGCCUCGCGCUCCUCGUGCUCCUAUGUCUCUUUGUGAUCGCCCGAAAGCGAGCGCAUCGCCAGAGACCGCAAGCACCUAAUCCACCUCUUCACGCGCAUGAGCACGGCGAGGACGACGAAGAUGACGACGAGCUUGAUUGGUCGGAAGAGGUCGCACACUUUUUGCCCGUUGUUGGCCGGGUGCUCCAAGCAGUCUGCGCGGGUGUCGGCCUCGCAGCGCUCGCUGGCGCCUUUCCCACGGUUACAACCGCCGACGGCGUCUCGACGCAACUUGGCGGUGGCGUUUGGACAGCGCUGCUCGUUGUCUUGGUGCUGCUGCUUCUCCAAGGCGCCGUCUUGAUCGUCGUCGUUUACAAGGACAUUGCCUCCCGCCCUCGUCAAGAGUUGGACGAUGACGACGACGACGAUGUGCACUAUGUGCCGUUGACAACAACGACUAAAGUCACACUGGUCGUCGACGUGCUUCUAAGCUUGGCGGGACUCGUCGUCGGCUUGUCCACCGCGGCCAGCGAUCUCAACGCCGGUUGCGGAAGCGUGGCCCUCUUGCGCUGCGGUCCACUGCGGGCAGCAAUUGCGUUCGACUUUUUGACGGUGCUGACCAUGUGGACACUUGUCGGUCUCUGGCUCGCGCGCAUGGACCCGGACGAGCGCCGCUUCCAUGCUGGGUGGCCGGUGUCGCCAAGCGAAACGUCGUACCGUGCGCCGCCCGAGCCCUACGCUGCGCAUGCCACGUAGGAGGCCAAUGCGUGGCAUGCCCCUCGGACUUGUGAUAUAUUACUGUUGUCUUGGGCGUCCUUGUCAUGUUCGGUGUCGGCUACAAGGCGGUGAGCACGGCGCGAAGAUGGCGGCAGCGUUGGUUCAAG